AUGACGACCAAAGGAGAGAGCGAGACAAUGGACGGCGGCUAUUCCACACCAGAUAUGACUGUUCAGGAGAAGCAGGAUGGGAGUGAUGCCGCCCCCGAGCCCGUAUAUGCCGAAGGCUUUCGACUAGCCGCCGUGAUGGGCACGAUCUUUCUCUCCACCCUGCUGGCGGCGUUGGAUAUUGGUAUCGUUGCCACCGCAAUCCCGGGCAUCACGGACGACUUCCACCGCCUGGACGACGUCGGUUGGUAUGGAGGCGCGUGUUUCCUCCUCGUCGGCAGCUCCUCGCCGAUGUGGGGAAAGCUCUACAAAUAUUUUUCAGCCCAGCUCGUAUAUCUCACCUCGGUGGUCAUCUUCCUUGUGGGUAGCAUCCUGGCUGCAGCCGCGCCAAACAGCCCGGCCUUGAUCGUCGGUCGAGCGCUGCAGGGCUGGGGAUGCUCUGGCACGCUGGGCGGCUCCGUGCUGAUGAUCAGCUACGUCGCAGAGCCUAAGAAGCGGCCCAUGUUGAUCGGAUUGUGGAUGUCCGUCUUUAUGUUCUCCACCAUCAUCGGGCCACUCAUUGGAGGGGCAUUCACCAGCGAGGUCACCUGGCGAUGGUGCUUUUGGAUCAACCUCCCUGUUGGCGGUCCCAUCCUCGCGCUGGUCGUACUCUUCUUCAAGGUGCCAAAGCACAUCAAGCCUGUCCCCGCAACCUGGUUUGAAAUCCUGCGCCAGCUCGAUCUCCCAGGCUUUGGCUUGCUCCUCUGCUCGCUCAUUUGCUUCAUGUUGGCCCUGCAAUGGGGUGGCCAGGGCAAGCCGUGGAGUGACGGCUCUGUCAUCGCCACAUUGACCUUGUGGGUUGCCUUGACUAUUGCCUUUUUCCUGGUCGAGUGGAUCCAGGGCGAGUACGCCAUGGUGCCGCUGGCCCUGCUGAAGCCGCGUCUAGUGUGGACCAAUGCCAUGUAUGGCUGGAUUGCCAAUCUCGCCAACUUCCAGGUGCUUUUCUACCUACCCAUCUAUUUUCAGUCCAUCCACGGCCAGUCGGCCAUUGCGAGUGGCGUCAACAGUCUUCCCUUCAUGGCUUUCUUCGCCGCAGGGUCCAUGCUCAGUGGUUUCCUCAUUGGGAAGACACGACUUCUCCAACCGUAUGAACUCAUCAGCGGACUACUCGCCACCGUGGGCGCUGCCCUGCUUUAUACUCUCGACACCGACUCUUCAAAGGCCCGUUAUAUCGGCCCUCAGGUCAUUUUCGGCAUCGGUAUUGGCCUUGGAAACCAGGUCCCAAUGACUGCGCUGCAAAGCUUUUCCAAACCUGAACAUAUCGCGCCGACCACUGGCGUUAUGCUGAUGUGCAACUCCAUUAGUGGUGCCUACUUUGUCACUGCAGCACAGUCCAUCUUCGCCAACUACAUGCUCAAGGAACUUGCCAGCAAUGCCCCCAACAUUGAUCCCGCUCAGGUCUUAGGUACUGGUGCAUCUGAGAUUUCCCAUGUCUUCCAUGGCGCUGAGCUGGCUGCUAUAACCAAGGCUUACAUGGCGGGUAUUAAGGAUGUCUUUGCUUUCUCCCUUGCCGGCGCGGCAUUAACUGUUGUUCUGUCGCUUCUGAUUCCCUUCAAGAAGCUUCCUGAUCCCGCUGCGGCUCCGGCGAAGACUGAGCAGGUAGAUGAGAAGAAUGAUGCCACUGACUUUCCCGCUGCCUAG